GCGCCCGCCAUGGCCUCCCAAUACCCCCCUACCAAUGCCAACUCCAACCCUGACGAGAUGAUGGAUCUGGAAAUCCUCCAACUGCAAGAGGAACUGACCCGGAUGCGGAAGCAACGAGCCCUAUUACAACUACGCAGUGAGAUUGCGAGGGAACAACAGCUGCUGGCCGAGGCACAACAGAGUCUGGGGUUGGCUGAGCUGCCAACAGUCCCGGCUGAGCGGCCGGUAGAGCAACGACUGGCUGAACGGUUGGCCGAACGACUAUCGGAACACCCUAGAUUCAAUCCGCCGCCUGACCCGCGGCUGAAAUCGAUUCCUCCGACAAAUCCCACAAACGAUGACGUGGAUGAAUUGAUCCGAGGAAUCAAACGGUCGCAUUCGGAGUCCAGCGAUGAUAAUGGUGGAAAUGGACUGGAGACUGUGCAAGAGCACAGACCCAUUGGACAGGAUAACAACGGGGAGGAAGGGCAGCAGCAGCAGCCACAACCUAUUUCACGGCAAGGAUCGAGUGGACGGGAGAAGACACAAGAUGAACUAGAGGAUGUGGAUGUUCCUCCUACAUUCACUGUCACGAGACAGUAUCGGGGAGCGAGCCGAAAGGAGUACAAUCUUACUAUUGAAUUUCUGCAGAGUCACUUUGCUCAAUACGAGCGCUACUAUGCGCCCGAUAAACGCAAGAUUGAAGAAGGACUGCGGCAUGUGGUCCCGGACAUCGAGCGAGCUUGGGGCCUUUAUGUGGUUACCGAUGAUAAGAUUGAACCCACAUGGUCAAAUUUCUGCAGAUUCCUGUUAUCAAGGAUCAUUAAUCUUGUUGAUCCUACCGUCGCCCGGCGGCAGUAUUACGGCCGGUCCCAGCGGGAGGACCAGACCGUGCGCGAGUUCUCAAACCACCUGGGGUCAUGGGAAUCAAAUCUGGAAGAGCUCCUGACGGAGGGGCAGCGGAUCCAGAAUCUGUGGGAGCGCGUGCUGCCCUCGGUGCGGGAAGAGGCCAUGCCUUACCAGUACCAAAGCGACAGAUACCAGGAUCAUAUUGCCCAUCUGCAGUCGGUGGAAAGCCACAUGCCAUCGCGGGCGCAUAUGCAGAAGAAGAUAGCUGCUGCUGCCGCCGCUGCCGCCAAAAAUAAGCAUUACCAGAAACAUGGUUACCAGCAGAAGUUCCCGAAAAGCGCGCCUAAGUACCCCAGGGCUAAAAGGCCACGGAUGAACAAUCCUAUGAACAAUCCUAUGAAUCAUCCUAUGAACAAUUCUUAAGAGAAUUGAAGCAGGAUGAUGAAUCUGAAGGAGGACAUGGAUCUCCGGCUAUCUGUCUUGUGUCAGAGUGUAGUGUAUAGUGGACUGUUGAAUCACUAUACGCUCAAUCGGUAUCUCUGUUGCGCAUUGCAGUUGUUUGAGUAGAUAACCUUGGUUAACCGCUCAACGUCUACAAUGUGAACACAAGACAGUCGAUAGCCGGUGGGUUUUGGACUAUGUGUCCGUCGGAUCUGAGCCAGAGCUCUUUGUGGCUAGAAAUCAGCCUGGACGAAGAUCCAUCAAAUAUCCUGCUUUUCGUCUAGCACUGAGCAGGGUGCUAAAUUGAUACCCGAAUAGUAUAUUACUUGAAUCAACAAUACAGCUGAUUGUUAUUAGCCCCUUUUGGGUCAGCUUUGUAGUAUAGUCCGACAUACAAAGCACCAGGAUGAAGCUAGUCUCGUAGAUUGCAUAGACUUCUAGAACCGAGUCCUUACCACUCC